AUGUCGAAUCAUGUGAUUAUUAGUGUGGAUGAUCCAAAAACUUUGUCAUCGUUACCACCUAAAAAAAACGAAAAUGUUGAUGUAGAUGAAUUUGAUGAUUCCAUUACAACUGAAAGUUUGAAGGAAAUACUUAAUGUUACUCAGUCUCCAACAGAACAUGAUGGUACAGAAAAACCGAAUAAUGGCCAGAAUUAUGAUAACUCUUCUCAAAAGGAGGAAGAUGCUGAUAUAGAUGGAGAGAUAGAAGCUUCUGAACAAAUGCGAAAUAUUCCUUCUUCCCAGCAUGAACCAACUUCAACUCUUCACAUUAAAAAUUUUGUUCGGCCUUUGACAAUUCCUAUGGUUAGGGACUUGCUAGAACAAUUUGGUAGAAUCGAAUAUUUUUGGAUGGACAAAAUUAAAACUCAUUGUUAUGUUAAAUUUGAAACAUCAGAAUCGGCUAUUUCUGCACGAGAGACACUCUGGCAUAUUAUCUUUCCGCCUGAGACUGGUCGGCCUCUUGAACUUGAAUUUUUAACUUUUGAACGGGCACAAGAAUUAAUUGCCGAAGCAGAAGAAAAAUCGGCAAAAAGCGGAAACGGAGCUUUGCGCGAGGCAAGGGAUAAGAGACUUAACGGGAGCAGCAAUUUGGGAAUUGAAAAUGCGAUCCGUUUUCCGAUUCCAGCAUCACAAUCACAACCUAUAUCUAACGUUAGAGUUAUAUCAUUAGACACUCUUUUUUCAAAAACUUCUACAAAACCUACACUAUAUUAUAAAACAGUUUCUCAAGAAGAUGCACAAGCAAGAAUGAGAAUUAUGGAAAGGAGUAGGGGAAGGCGUCGGUCGUAAGUUUAGUAUUUGGCAAAUAAAUUUAGUACUUACAAUUUCUUUCCAAUUCAACAGGAUAUUUAUAGGAAGAAUAAUUGUUAUUGAAUUUAUUGCAUUUAUACUCUCUUUAGUUUUGUUUUAUUUCUAAAUGUUUUAUUACAGUGUCUAAAAACAGGGUUGUAGAUAUUAUAUUUUUUAUGCAGAUAUUGUUAAUCUAGAAAAAUAGCAUUUUGGAUUUAAUAAAACACAUGAUGACAAAAGAUAAUAUAUUUAAG